AUGGCAGCAGGAGACAGGAACUUUGGCAACAGGCUGCGAUGUGAAACAAGUCCUAACUUUUCUGAGCAAGUAGUUGAAAGCUUUCCGUCUGAUAUCUCUACUGGUAUAUACUAUGGAUGGGCCUGCGUCGGAAAUGGAGAUGUGCAUAAAAUGGUUUUAAGCAUAGGAUGGAAUCCUUUCUAUAAGAAUAUUAGGAAAUCAGUGGAAACGCACAUUAUCCACACCUUCAAAGAAGACUUCUAUGGCGAAAUUCUUAGUAUAGUCAUAAUUGGAUAUAUUCGACCAGAAAAAAACUUUGAUUCCUUAGAGGCGCUCAUUUCAGCAAUUCAGGAAGAUAUUGAAGAGGCAAAGAGGCAGCUGGAUUUACCAGAACACCUUAAGCUCAAAGAAGACAACUUCUUUCAUCUGCCAGAAGGCAAAAUUGUGAACAACCACUGA